AUGUUUGUCAAUAAAUUGUAUUUCAAUUCUACAUUAACGAACCUUACUAAGAGGAUCACAACGCGUAAUUUACAUGUCUUCAGUGUAAUUAAUCACAAUUUACAGCGAGCGACGAUUCCUCUCUUACCGAUUCAGAAACUUUCAUUAUCGUCACCCAAAUUAUCAUGUUCACCUAACAAAAUCCAAAGUAGGACAUACUCCAAAAAACCGGUCGCCGUAUCAAUGUCAAUACCAGUACCACGAACGGAGCCAGCGGAAUUAGCACAAGGUAGAUUUAAAACUUAUAAACCGAGCACUCCAAGUCUUCGUUGGUUAAAAAGGCCUGUGAAUGAUCAUUUAUGGAAGGGAAAACCGAUACGUAAACUUACCCUAGCCAAAAGGCAACAAUCCGGUAGAAAUCAUCAUGGUCACAUUACAGUGAGACAUCGUGGUGGAGGACAUAAGAGACGUAUUCGUGUGAUCGAUUUUCAUAGAUGGGAUCCUGAACCUCAUGUAAUAGUUCGUAUCGAAUAUGAUCCCAAUCGUUCUGGUCAUUUGGCCUUGUUACAAAAUACGAUUAACGGAAAAUAUUCUUACAUCAUCGCACCACAUGAUCUUCAACCCGGAACUAUUGUUCGAUCAUUUCGUAAAUCACAAGAGAGUCAGCUAGAAGAAAACAAUGAUGAUUCAUUUAUCACAAAGGUUGUGUCCGUUGAGAAAGGAAAUUGCAUACCAUUGAAAUUGAUUCCAGUUGGUACUACGAUAUGUUGUAUAGGGUUAAAACCUGAUGGACCUGCGAUAUUGUGUCGUUCGGCUGGAGUUUCUGCUCAACUGGUUCGCACGGGUGAGAAAGGUUAUGCUCAAGUGAGGUUGAAAAGUGGUGAAGUUCGAUUGAUUCACGUGGAUUGUUGUGCGACAAUUGGAACCAUUUCAAAUCCCGAUCAUCAACAUGCCACCUUGGGUAAGGCAGGUAGAAGUAGAUGGUUGGGUAUUAGACCAACCGUUCGAGGUGUCGCCAUGAAUUCUGUUGAUCAUCCUCAUGGUGGUGGAAGGGGUAAAAGUAAAGGUAAUAGGCAUCCCGUGAGUCCUUGGAAUGUAUUGGCCAAAGGUGGUAAAACUAGGAAGAGGGCGAAUAAAUGGGUAGUUAAACCUAGAGAGAGAAGAUAA